GCAAUUUUCCACAACCACGAGACAAAAGUUGUGCGUGAUGAUGGCGAGCAGAGCACUGUGGCGGUCGCUGCGUUGCACUGGCAGCGGCAGCAGGGCAGCCGUGCUUGCACGAACGGGGCGCUCUCUCCGGUUCAACACCACUACGACCACCACCACAUCUGCGACUUCAUCAUCAGACACAACGGCGGUGCCGCCACCCCCGCCAGCAACAGAGAGCGAGCAGCAGAACGAAGGUGCGGCAAGCCAAGCCAAUCCACCAGCGUCCACCAACACCACAGGAUUUGUUGUUCCCAAUGAUGUCCCCCCUGUCAGGUUUGUUCAGCGGUAUUCUGUUGAGCCCAUCAACCACAUGCUUGCCAUUCGCACAGCAAGGGCGUACUCCAUCUCCAACGAGACGCUGCGUGCACACAUCAAAGUAUCUAUGCACGAUAAGACGAAAAAGAAGGGCCGCCCCAGAGACCCUAUCCGUGGCAUGGUGAUCCUUCCCCACCUCUUCAAACCCGCGCAGAAAGUCAUCGUCUUUGCCCGCGGCAAGGACAUUGACGAUGCGCUGGAGGCCGGCGCCACAGCCGCUGGUCUCACGGACCUGAUGGAGCAAGUUGUUGACGGCGACAUUGACUUUGACGUCGCGCUCGCCACAGCCGAUGUGAUGCGUGAUAUCCGCGCUGCCGGCCGCUCGCUUCGACAGCGCAUGCCCUCAGCCAAGAACGGGACGAUUGUGGAGAACGUGAAGGAGGCGGUGCUGCGGUUCUCGCGUGGCAUGCUGUAUCGCACAGACGCACACGGCAACGUCAACAUUGGCUUCGGCAAGGCUGACCAGUCCAUGGAUGUCCUGCAAGAAAACCUCCUUGCCCUCACAGAGAAUGUCCUUGAACACAACCUGGGAGCACGCGACAAGUUCAUUGAGCAGAUGUACAUUUCGUCGGACCAUGCCCGCUCUGGCGGCCUUGAGAUUCGCCGCAGCGACCUCCUCUCCGCCCUCGCCGCUUCAAAGAACGCAUAGUGUGCCUGUCUGUGUGCGUCUCUCUCUCUGUGUGUGUGUGUGUGUGUGUCUGUCUGUGCUGUGUGUGUGUCUGUGUGUCUGUGCUGUGUGUCUGUGUCUGUGUGUCUGUGUCUGUGUGUGUCUGUGUGUCUGUGUGUCUGUGUGUCUCUCUCCAUAUCCUCUGUCGCCCUUGUGGACGAUUGGUGCAAGAUGUUCAUAAAACCGACUGCGCUUCGCAACACAGCCAAC